GAAAUCAAACGGCCCCGACAUGAAUUAGGCAGCGGCUGCAAAGGGGAGGGCCCCCUCCCCCGCUCGCUGUCGGCUCGCCGGUCCCCGCACGGCGCCGGCGGGAGCAGCGCCGCCCCGCUCGGAGCGGCGGCUCGGGGCGCGCACGCACACACGGACCGGCGGCGGCCGGGCGGGAGGGAGGGCGGGCGGGGGGGCCGGCAGAUGAAGAUGGCAAUGUCUGUGAUCCAAGCGUGCCGCAGCCUGGCGCUCUCAACAUGGCUGCUGUCCUUUUGUUUCGUGCAUCUGCUGUGCCUGGACUUCACCGUGGCCGAGAAGGAGGAGUGGUACACGGCCUUCGUCAACAUCACCUACGCCGACCCGGCGGCCGGCAGCGCCGAGCUCCGCAGCGAGAAGAGCGAGUGCGGGCGCUACGGCGAGCAGUCGCCCAAGCAGGACGCCCGCGGGCAGGUGGCCCUCUCCGCCUCGCCCACCGACCGCUUCGCCUGCGACCCCGGCACCCGCUUCAACGCCCCGGCGCCGGGCAAGAGCUGGGUGGCCCUGAUCCCGCGGGGAAACUGCACCUACAAGGACAAGAUCCGCCACGCCGCCGCCCAGAACGCCUCCGCCGUCGUCAUCUACAACGUGGGCUCCAGCAACGCCAACGAGACCAUCACCAUGCCCCACGCAGGUGAGCCCCGCCGCUCCCCCAGCUCUGCCCUGGGGGCAGGGACGGACCCCGUUUUCCAGCCCGCUCUGUCGUCCCGCAUCCUUGCGGUGGGAGCUGCUGCGGGAUGGUGUCCUCGCCCCUCCUGA